CACUUGAACCGGCUCCUUAAUUGGUCCCCGUGCACCCGGAGAGGCAACCAACCAGUUCACGGCCCUCGUCUUUCUCUCUCUCUCUCUGAGAGCUUAAUUCUAGCGAUCACGUCCCCCUUUGUUCUCCAAUCUCCACCACUCCCAGUACUCAUUCUCUCUGCACAUAAUAUAUAUGUUCUCAUACUGCUGCAACAACAAUAUUAUAGUCUAAAUUUACACCUGUUCCUUCUUCAUCCUUCCAUAUCCAUGGACGUCGCAGAUCUCGAGUCCCCCAUCUUCAUCCCCUAUUCCUACCCUCCGUUACCACAAGUGGAGGACUGCGAUGACUCCACCAUUCCCAACUCUUCUCAUAAACCUCCGAGGGGGGCCUUAAGGCUGGUCUUGCUUGGCAUCACAGCCAUAACGCUGCUGGGCCUCGUCUCUCUCUUCUACCAUGGCGGCGGACUGAGAGGGGAAUUGGAGUUCGAUCCGGCACGAGAGACACCCGUGGACCGGUGGACAGUGUCCCGGGGCACGGCCGAGGGCGUGUCGGAGAAGUCCAACGGGCCGAUCCUCGGCGCUACCCCGGCCUACCCCUGGACCAACGUCAUGCUCGCCUGGCAGCGCACAGCCUUCCACUUCCAGCCCCAGAAGAACUGGAUGAAUGACCCUAAUGGGCCGAUGCUUUACAAGGGGUGGUACCACCUCUUCUAUCAGUACAACCCGGAGUCGGCCGUGUGGGGGAACAUCACGUGGGGGCACGCCGUAUCACGUGACCUCGUCCACUGGUUCUACCUUCCCCUCGCCAUGGUUCCCGACCACUGGUACGACGCCGGCGGCGUCUGGACCGGCUCCGCCACCCUGCUGCCGGACGGCCGGAUCGCCAUGGUCUACACCGGUUCGACCGCCGAUUCGGUCCAGGUCCAGAACCUCGCCUUCCCGGCCGACCAGGACGACCCGCUCCUUAUAAGAUGGAACAAGUACGAGUCCAACCCGGUUCUCGCCCCCCCGCCGUGGAUCGGGCCGACCGACUUCCGCGAUCCGACCACGGCCUGGUACGUGCCGACGGAGUCGGCCUGGCGGCUUGCCAUCGGAGCCAAGGACGCGGACCACAAAGGGAUCGCGCUGGUGUACCAGACCAAGGACUUUACAUCUUACGAGCUGCUGCCGGGCUUGCUCCAUGGGGUGAACGGGACAGGGAUGUGGGAGUGCGUGGACUUCUACCCGGUGUCGACCGGGUCGGCGGUGGGGCUGGACACGUCGACCGGGCCGGGGCCGGCGGUGAAACACGUGCUGAAGGCGAGUCUAGACGUUAACAAGCGCGACUACUACGCGAUCGGGACGUACGACGGCGACAAGGGGACUUGGACGCCGGACGAGCCGGAGAUGGACGUGGGGAUCGGGCUGAGGUACGACUACGGCAAGUUCUACGCGUCGAAGUCGUUCUACGACCCGGUGAAGGAGAGGCGAGUUCUGUGGGGUUGGACCGAGGAGACCGAUAGCGAACGGACCGAUCUCGUGAAGGGCUGGGCCUCCCUGCAGGCCAUUCCAAGGACGAUCCUAUAUGAUGACAAGACGAAGAGCAACCUAAUACAGUGGCCAGUUGACGAGGUGGAGAGCCUAAGAUUGAACAGCCAAGAAUUCAGCAACAUCAAACUUAGCACAGGAUCGGUGGUGCCAUUGAACGUCACCGAAGCCACGCAGGUGGACAUCGAGGCCGAGUUCGAGAUAGACUCAUCGGCCUUGGAACGGGCUGUCGAGGCCGACGUCGGGUACAACUGCAGCACCGGCGGCGGUGCUGCCGGGCGUGGUGCAUUGGGACCCUUCGGAUUGCUUGUGUUGGCUGAUCCGGACCUGAAGGAGCAGACCGCAGCGUAUUUUUACCUCGGCAGGAGAACCGAUGGCAGCCUAAGGACAUUCUUCUGUCAGGAUGAGCUGAGGUCAUCGUUGGCAAAUGACCUUGUGAGGAGGGUUUACGGCAGUGCGGUUCCCGUGCUCGAUGGUGAAAGCUUGACAGUGAGGAUUCUGGUGGAUCACUCCAUAGUAGAGAGCUUUGCUCAAGGUGGGAGGACAAGCAUCACAUCACGCGUCUACCCAACGAAAGCAGUUUAUGAUGCGGCGAGAGUAUUUCUUUUCAACAACGCGACCGACGCUUCCAUGAUCGCCAGAUCACUCAAGAUAUGGCAGAUGGACUCUGCAUUCCUUCAUCCGUACUCAGCCCAGACUGAAGAGCUCGCGAUUUAAUCUCCUUCAGCCUUCAACAGCUUCAGUUCUCCAGCGAGCUACCAAAUAAUCCAUGUUCCAUGCAUGUCAUCUCGUUAUCUGCAUCCGCUAAUGCCAUUUGUCGAGAUAUUCAUAAUAGAGUUGUAUAUGGUCCCAUUGGAAAAGCCUGUAGAGUUUUUUUUUUUUCCUUCCUUCACUUUGGCAGUAUUUGUAAGCCUAUUAUAUAUCAUAUUUGUCCUCAGUCCUCUCACCUUAUGGGUCAGAGUCUGGUGGCAAUUUCCUUUACAUA